CAUAACACCCUCAAUUAUCAUCAUCUUUUCUUCUUCAACCUUCUAAAACCCCCCAACAAAUCUAUUUUAUUUACGCUCCACACCACCAGCAAUGACGUCACCUGAAAAACCUACAUCCCCGGCGAUUAUCAUCCCACCGUCUUCCCCACGGUUUCCUAAAUCUGGCAACAAUCUAACCGCCGGAAGUCAACGGAAAGUCGCGAUCGCCGUCGAUCUAAGCGACGAAAGCGCAUACGCCGUAAAGUGGGCGGUGCAAAACUACCUCCGACCAAACGACGUCGUGAUCCUCCUUCACGUCCGCCCAACCUCCGUACUCUACGGCGCCGAUUGGGGCGCCGUGGAGCCAGAGGAAGAAACGGAAGAAUCGAAGCGAAAACAAGAAGACGAAUUCGAUAUAGUUACCAACAAUAAAGCUAAGGAAUUGGCGAGGCCUUUGAUCGAGAAUAAAUUGAAUUUUAGGAUACAUAUUGUAAAAGAUCAUGAUAUGAAGGAGAGAUUGUGUUUAGAAGUUGAAAGAUUAGGGUUAAGUGCUGUAAUUAUGGGAAGUUUAGGGUUUGGAAAUAGAAAGAAGAGAAGGAUUAGGGGGAAAGGGUUAGGGAGUGUGAGUGAUUAUUGUGUGCAUCAUUGUGUUUGUCCUGUUGUUGUUGUUAGGUUCCCUGAUGAUCAUGAUGACAAUGCGGAUGGAGUUGUCGUUGGAUCGCCUUUUAAAGUUUGCGAUAAGAAUGGCGUUGGUGACGAGCUGUUGUUUCCGGUUCCUGAAGAGGAACCCGAGUUUCAUGAUGCUUCGGAUAAAUAAACAGAUAUGGAAAGGCCAUCUUAAACAAGUGGAAAUGUGAAUGCUUUGGAUAUGCUUAGGAUAUGGAAAGGAUGAUUGAACGGGCCGAGAUUAUGAACAUGUAAGCCUUUUGAAACCGAAGGAAGUGUCUUAUUGUUGGGUGUUUUCUUUGUAUUUUACAUCUGUUUGGAAGUCUGAGGAGGAUGGAGAGGUUGGUUUCGACUUGUAAACAAGUUGCUGCAGCUGUUGCUCUCCUAUUUUAUGGUUUAGUUUCUUUAAAUCUGAAUGAAAACCUUGUUAUUUGUGUUAAAAUCAGCAUGCAUUUGAAUGAGAUGCUUUUAUAUAUAUAUUUUUUUAUCUUUA